AUGGCACACCUGGUGCUGACACAGUCUCCUGAGGGUCCGGACCGCUGCCAUGAUGAGUGUGGGGCUGGAGGAGAGGACAGGCCGAGCUCAGAGAACACACCGCCGAUGAAGAGGAGGCUCUGGAGGAAGAACGAGCGGCAGACCCAGCUUUUUACGCACAAGACACGUCACAAUCUGCGGCACGCCCACGGGCGGAGAUGCUCCUAA